GGAGCGGCAGAGUGGGGUGACAAAACAGCUUCUCCAACGCUUCAACACUGGAGUGGUGAUGCCGCCCGUGUGCCCACCAACGUGUAGAUAUACCCGCGGAUCAUCCAGGGGAAGUCCCCCCGGAAGGACUCUGCAUACCCACGUUGUAACUUCUUCCCCCCCUUCGCAGAAACCGCCAUGGAUAAAAAAAAACAGGAUAGUAAAAACAAAAAGAACGCCAAGAAUGUAAAGGGCAACCCCAAGGCAGCAGCCAGCGGCAAUGACAAGCUGGGCAAGAAGAAAGGAGCCGACAAGGAGAAGAAGCAGCUGUACAAGGGGAAGGUUAAGAAGAGCCUGGGCAAGCAGGUGGGCGGAAAGAACCAGCAGGUGAAGAAGGCCGCCGCAGAGGAGUCCAAGAAGAAGAAGAAAAUCACCACCUCCAUCAAGUUUAAGCGACCCAAAACCCUGAAGUUGCCCAAAAACCCAAAGUGCCCCAAAGUCAUCAAAUCGUGCUACAAAAAGACGCUGGACAAGUAUGGCAUUUUGAAAUACCCCCUGACGUCCGAAAAGGCCAUGAAGAAGAUUGAGGAAAUCAACACCCUCGUUUUUAUUUGCGACAAGAGGGCGGACAAGAAGAAGAUCACCAAGUCCGUGAAGAACCUCUUCGGCAUAAGCUGCGAGAAGGUCAACGUGCUGAACAGACUCAACGGAGACAAGAAGGCAUACGUGCGCCUGUCCAAGGACCACGACGCGUUGGAGGUAGCCAACAAGAUAGGAAUUCUAUAAUGAAGGAAGUUUCCUCUCCCCAGGGGGAAUAAGUGCUUAUCGGCUUAUUGGCUUACUGGCCUAUCGGCUUAUCGGCCUAUCGGCUUGUGUGCAAUGUGCGCGUAUGCAUGAGCGAUGGCGCGACACGUGGGUUGAUCGCAUUACGCCGGCGGUGCCGCUCACCCCCUUGGGGGGAGUCGCCCGGUGGAACAUUUACGUCCCUUUUCGCACUUGCCUUGCGAAAUUCAUCCACAAUUUUUU